AUGGAUGACAAUGAUACGAGUAAUGAUAUGCACUAUGAUAAAAAACGUUCUAGCAUUAAUCGUCAUGGAAUGAUCAAAAUUUGCUCAUCGAUUCUGCUCCCUUUCAUGAUCGGUUUAUUGACUUUAACGGUAUCGGUUGUUCAACUUUAUAUUGCCAGUGAGGAACGAACAAAAGAUUUUUCUAUAUCUGAAGCAAACCGAGAUAAAGAUCGUUUCAUUGCUAAUCGAACGCGUGAACAAGAUUUGAUUAUCGCUAAUAGACUUCGUUGGGAUACUAUUUUGGCUACUUAUAUCAAAGAAAUAUCUGAAAUCUUGACAUCAUCGAAUUUUUCCUCCAGAAAAGUCGAUCCACUUGUUCUGACUAUUGUCCGAGCAAAAACAUUGACUGCUUGUCGUCAAUUAGAUACUGAGCGUAAAGCAUGGCUUAUUCAAUUUCUUUACGAAUUCGGUGCUAUUCUUGUCGGACAAAAUCCUAUUGAUAUGACAAAUGCAUAUUUAGAUGGUAUUGAUUUGAGUACUUCAGUUUUCAAUAGUAUUCAACAGGCAAGUUUAUCUGGAAUUUCACUUAGUGGUGCAUCAUUGGUUAAUGCUUCGUUUGAUGAAAGAUAUCUCAAUGGAGCAAAUCUUAGUGGAUGUACAAUGAUGGGAGCAUCAUUUAGACGUGCUCGACUCGACGAUGUUACAUUUAAAAAAGCAGCACUACGGAAUGCUGAUUUUACUCGUGCAUCAACGAGUCGUGUGAACUUUAUCUGGAGUGAUUUACGUCGAUCAAAUCUUGAUGAUAAUCAACUUCAUCAAGCUAAUAGUUUCUAUUUGACUAUUUUGCCAAAUGGUACAUUCGGUCGUCAUCCGAAUCUUCUUACUAACGGCAAUGCUGAAGAAGAACGAUCCUGCACUUCGACGCGUCUGACUCGCAUACCAAAUGGUCGUUGGACAGUGAUGCCAUCUCGACAGCAAAAUAGUAUUGGUUUUAUGACUAUCAAUGCUUCACUUGUUCAACAUCAGAUUAAUUGUGGAUGGACGGAAAAGAUUGCACAUUCUUCCAUUGAUGAGGAUAAUAAAACCAACGCUGACAUUGCUUGGAACGUUGGUCGCUGUUCAUAUGUUACAACAGCAGUACCUGUUUCACUCAUUCAAAAUUUCAAUAUACCGAAGUAUUAUCAGUAUGCAAAGCGUCCAUAUUAUUCUUGGCAUAUGACUAUUUUCUGUGGCAUAUUAUCCAAUGUUGAUAUCAAGAUUUCCUUAGUAUUGGAAGAAAGAAAUGACCAAAAUAAGACCAUUCAAACGUAUGAGUUAGGUAAGUUCAGCAAAUAUGAAAAGAAAAAUAAAUAA